UGUUCAGGUGUGUGUGCAGGAGCUGAUUCGUGUUCAGGUGUGCAGGAGCUGAUUCAUGUUCAGGUGUGUGUUCAGGGGCUGGUCCAUGUUCAGGUGUGUGUUCAGGGGCUGGUCCAUGUUCAGGUGUGUGUUCACAGGCUGGUCCAUGUUCAGGUGUGUGUUCAGGGGCUGGUCUAUGUUCAGGUGUGUGUGCAGGGCUUGGCCCAUGGGAGGGAACUGCUCCGCGUGAGUCCCAGCAGGCAGGUGUCCCUAGUCCCCAGCCCCUGUCCCGCCGCAGCCGCCAUGGAGGUGAGCCACUCCCUGAAGGAGCGCACCAUCGCCGAGAACAGCCUGGUGAUCCUGCUGCAGGGCCUGCGCGGCCGCGUCACCACCGUGGAGCUGCGCGACGAGAGCGCGGCCGCGGGGCGCGUCACCAGCGUGGACGCCUUCAUGAACGUGCGCCUGGCCCAGGUGACCUUCACGGACAGGCAGGGCGCCGUGUCCCAGCUGGACGAGCUCUUUGUGACCGGCAGGAACAUCCGCUACAUGCACAUCCCCGACGAGGUGGACAUCCGGGCCACCAUCGAGGAGCAGCUGCAGGCCAUCCACAGGGUGCGCUACUUCGGGGGCCGCGACAAGGGCCGCAGGGAGUUCCUUCCUGCCAAGGACAAGUGAGGGGGCCUGGAGCUGCCCACAGCAGCUGGGAUGGACCCGGGUGGACGUGCCUCUUUGGUGGACUGCCAGCUCCCUCCGUGCCACCCAGUGACGUCCCCCAAGGAACAUUUUCCCCCAGGGACUUGGGGUUCUGCUGUUCCCCCCACCUGCAGAGGAGCAGGACUGUUUUUUGUAGUGAAUAACACCCCGUAAAGGCUC